CCGUUGUACAUGUUGUAUUUUUCUUCCAGUGGCGGCGGCGAAUUCGGCGGCGGCGCGCACGAUGCACUUGAACUUAGGCCAAUACAUCUUCCUCUUUGGCGUGAGCGUCGGGUCCUUGUUCGCGGGAUCCAUCGCGAUGCACUCAGUCCUCCAGCCUGACUUGACCAUUCCAAUUCUUCCAGACGACGAUGCCGACGACUCGAAGCAGUAGACAAUCCAAUAAACGAGAAAUUUCGAUAUGCGACAGCUCUUGGUUACAGGAUGGCAGAUCCAUUUACAUGGGUAUCGAAGAA